AUGGCUUUUGGAGGCCAAGCCAACAUGGCCGGAGCCAUCGCCACCGGAUCUCUUCAAUCUUAAAAUAACCAUUUUGUCAAUUGGCCAAGCCAUUGCCAUUUUCACACACACUCUCUCCCCCCCUCCCUCCCCGUCUAUCUAUCUCUGCAACAUUAUCAUACCAUCAUCAUCAUAAUUUCCAAUCUCUCUGAAUUGCAAAUCUCAAAAAGCCCAUCUCAAGAGGUAGGAAAAAAAGCUGGAGAAACCCAUGCCCACACUCACACACAGGGAGCAAUAAUUCACUUUUUUUGUUGUUGUUCCUUUCCUUUUUUUUUGGCCUGCAUAUCACUCUUUGUUCUUCCUAAACGGCUUGUAGUUAUGCUUUAAGAGAGCUUCGCUUCCGGACAGCGCAUCGUAGGAAUUUUGAAGGUUAUUUAAUUUUUCUGUGUCAAAAGAAAGUGGUAAUAAGAAGGAUUUCCAGCAAUGUCUAGCGCUGCAAAAGCUUUGGACCAGGCAUUCCAAGGAGUGGGUCAGAGACUAGGGACUGAAAUUUGGCGAAUUGAGAAUUUUCAGCCAGUUCCGCUGUCAAAAUCUGGAAAAUUCUACAUGGGGGAUUCUUACAUUGUAUUGCAGACAACACCUGGAAAGGGAGGUGCCUAUUUGUAUGACAUACACUUCUGGAUUGGAAAAGACACAAGCCAGGAUGAAGCCGGAACAGCAGCUAUCAAAACUGUUGAACUUGAUGCGGUACUUGGAGGGCGCGCUGUGCAGCACAGAGAAAUUCAAGGCCAUGAAUCUGACAAGUUUUUGUCUUACUUUAAGCCUUGUAUUAUACCAUUGGAAGGGGGUGUUGCAUCUGGAUUUACAAAACCUGAGGAAGAACAGUUUGAAACUCGGCUGUAUGUCUGUCGAGGAAAACGAGUGGUCAGGUUGAAGCAGGUUCCUUUUGCUCGUUCUUCACUGAAUCAUGAUGAUGUGUUUAUUCUGGACACCGAAACGAAAAUCUACCAGUUUAAUGGUGCAAAUUCCAAUAUUCAGGAAAGGGCCAAGGCUCUGGAAGUGAUUCAGUUUUUGAAAGAAAAGUAUCACGAGGGAACAUGUGAUGUUGCAAUCGUUGAUGAUGGGAAGUUGGAUACCGAGUCGGACUCUGGUGAGUUCUGGGUCCUUUUUGGUGGUUUUGCUCCAAUUGGAAAGAAAGUGACCAGCGAAGAUGAUAUUGUCCUAGAGACCACUUCUCCUAAACUUUAUAGCAUUAUUGAUGGGGAACCAAAGAUUGUAGAUGGUGAAUUGUCUAAAGGCAUGUUGGAAAACAACAAUUGCUAUCUGCUGGACUGUGGAGCUGAGGUAUUUGUUUGGGUCAGCCGGGUGACUCAAGUAGAGGAAAGAAAAGCUGCCAGUCAGGCUGCUGAGGAAUUUGUUGCAAGCCAAAGUAGGCCGAAAUCAACACGUAUGACCUGGAUUAUUCAAGGUUAUGAAACACGCUCUUUCAAGUCAAAGUUUGAUUUUUGGCCAGCAGGGUCUGCAGCUCCUGGUGCUGAGGAGGGACGAGGAAAAGUAGCAGCUUUGCUGAAGCAACAAGGUGUUGGUAUCAAAGGAAUGACAAAAAGUGCGCCUGUAAAUGAGGAAGUCCCUCCUUUGCUUGAAGCAGGUGGAAAGAUGGAGGUCUGGUGCAUCAAUGGCAGUGCCAAGACUCCAUUGCCCAAGGAAGAUAUUGGAAAAUACUAUAGUGGGGAUUGCUACAUCAUACUUUAUACCCACCAUUCAGGUGAUAGGAAAGAAGAUUAUUUCCUCUGCUGUUGGUUUGGAAAGGAUAGCAUUGAGGAGGACCAGAGGAUGGCUGCUCGGUUGGCUAAUACGAUGUCCAACUCAUUAAAGGGGAGACCUGUUCAGGGGCACAUAUUUCAAGGCAAGGAACCACCACAAUUUGUGGCACUUUUUCAGCCUAUGGUGCUCCUCAAGGGUGGUCUGAGCACUGGUUACAAAACAUAUAUCGAAGAACAAGGUUUGACAGAUGAAACAUACACAACGGAGUGUAUCGCACUCUUUCAGAUAUCGGGGACUUCUAGUCAUACCAAUAAAGCAGUGCAAGUUGAUGCAGUAGCCUCGUUGCUGAAUUCUAUGGAGUGUUUCCUACUGCAAACUGGCUCCUCAGUUUUCAAUUGGCAUGGAAAUCAAAGUACGUACGAGCACCAACAAUUAGCUGCGAAAAUUGCUGAGUUCUUGAAGCCUGGAGUUGCUUUGAAACAUGCGAAAGAAGGUACUGAGAGCUCAGCUUUCUGGUUUGCGCUUGGGGGAAAACAAAGUUACACCAGCAAAAAGGUUUCUCAGGAGAUCGUCAGAGAUCCACACUUGUUUACAUACUCAAUAAAUAAAGGAAAAUUUGAGGUUGAGGAAGUUUACAACUUUUCUCAAGAUGAUCUAUUAACCGAGGAUAUAUUGAUACUGGACUCACAUGCUGAAGUAUUUGUUUGGGUUGGUCAGUCUGUCAACUCCAAAGAAAAGCAGGAUGCUUUUGAAAUUGGCAAGAAAUACAUAGAGAUGGCUGUAUCUAUGGAGGGGUUAUCUCCAAAUGUACCACUCUAUAAAGUUACAGAAGGAAACGAACCAUCAUUCUUCACAGCAUUUUUUUCAUGGGAUCCCACAAAAGCCAUGGUUCAAGGAAACUCAUUCCAGAAGAAGGCAGCGCUACUAUUUGGGGUAGGCCAUGCCGUGGAGGAUAAAUCCAGUGGAAAUCAAGGAGGACCAACUCAACGGGCUUCAGCUUUAGCUGCUUUAAAUUCUGCCUUCAACUCAACCUCUGGGAAACCUGGCCAACCGAGCCAGGAUAGGUCCAAUGGUUCAACCCAAGGGCCAACACAGAGAGCUGCAGCUUUAGCUGCCUUGUCGUCUGCUUUUAGUUCAUCCCCUGGAACCAAAACUCCUCCCCCGAAGCCAUCUGGAACAGGUGGAUCACAAAGAGCUGCUGCUGUGGCUGCAUUGUCAUCAGUUCUUACUGCUGAAAAGCCAAAGAAAUCACCAGAUGUCUCUCCUACUCGAUCCAGUCGCAGCCCUCCCUCCGAAGAAGUAAAGAGUGAAAAUGCCUAUUCUGAAGCUGAUGGUUCUGAAGAAGUUGCAGAAGCUAAGGAAACGGAGGAAGCUGCACCUGCAUCGGAAAGCACUGAGGGAGAUUCACAACCGAAGCCAGAGAUAGAUCAGGGUGACAGUGCUAGUGAAAGUAUUCAAAGCACAUUCAGCUACGACCAACUGAAGGUUCAUUCAGAAAAUCCUGUUACUGGGAUCGAUUUCAAACGAAGAGAGGCCUAUCUGUCGGAAGACGAGUUUCAAACCAUCUUUGGGAUGACAAAAGAAGACUUCUAUAAACUCCCUAAAUGGAAGCAAGACAUGCAGAAGAAGAAAUCCGAUCUAUUUUAGAGUAAGAUGCAUGGAAAUGACUGCUUCUCAUUUCUUGGCAGUCUAACUAUGAUUGUUCCUUCUCUGUUGAAAGCUGUCGUUUCAUUGAUGCGUCGUGCCUGGCUUGCCUUGUCAAGAAUUUUGCUAGUUGCCCUUUGAGAGAUGUAGCUGUGUAAUUAGUGUUAAUAUUGAUUAGGGUGCUGCAUGAGGAGCAAAUUUUUUAGUUUCUCCCGUUAUAAUUUCUUUCCUGGCUCUUGUAUUUUUUUUGGAAUGCUUUUGUUCAAUGGACAGUCGGGGGUUAAAUUCUUUUAUUUGGUGGGCAUCUGUUUGAUUUUGUGGUUAUUUCGACUCUGUUCAUUUUUAUCAAUCUCCUUUUUAAGAAAGAAGUGUAUAUGUACUGAAUAUCAUUAUUGAUGAAUGGAAAUUUUGUUGUGUCA